AUGGAUAACCUUCACUUGAGUGUCAUAGCUGUGGUCCUUUCCUUUCAUCUUCCUGGAUCAGUGGGAACCAGGUCACAGCAGAUUCUUCUUGAUACACAUCACCAGUCAGGCUGCCGGUGGGAUGGGGAGUUCUCUGUGAACUGCUCUUUUACCGGAAUAUCUACUCUUCCAGAAGAUAUAUCACAAACCGCAAUAACGGCUGAUUUUAGUUACAAUAAUAUUAAAACGUUUCUGUGUGCUGAUGGAAGAGCUGAAGAGUGGAUGCUAAAACACAUGAAUCUCAGUAACAACCUGAUUUCUGAACUUUCCUUAACUACUUGGAGAAAUUUACCUGAUUUAGAAACUCUCAACCUCGCCGGUAAUGCCAUCCACACGCUCACACUGGACAUCCCUACGCCUGCACGUGGGUCUAAAAAGUACGGAAAAGUUGGUCGUCUCCUGCCUGCUUUGAAAGUACUGUCAAUUGAAAGAAAUAAUCUUAAUGCAGUUCCAAGAGGACUAGGCCUGCUGCAAUCUUUACAAACCAUCCAUUUGUCAUCCAAUGGCAUACAACAGAUUGAUCUGAAUGAUUUUCAAAACUGUUCGCAGCUGAAAGACAUCCACUUGCAAAACAACAAGAUAACUAAAAUUCAUCCAGAUGCCUUCAGAGAUCUCAACAAAUUACAGGUUGUAAAGCAAUAUUACAACUGUAAUGGAGUCUCUUGGUGGACACCUAAAGGUAGAAUUUCAAAAGGUAACAGUCUUCCUCAUAUGACACUGGAUAAAAUGAAUAAUUUAGUAUUACACAAUGCCGAGAAAACUGCUGAGGGGGUAUAUUUGUGUAUUUUUAAUACAACAAAGAAGAAAUAUCUCAUCUACAAUAUACAGGUGAAAGAAAGGGUUUCAACAUUUUUGGUUAGAAAAGCCCGGGACACUAAAACUGUUUUUAGACAAGGAAGAACAGAGCAAGACCUUGCGUUGGCUGUCUGCCUCUCUCUGCUCAUUACGUACGUUUGCGCUUUUUGUCUGGGUGCUUUUGCUAGACCCUACCUUGUGAGCCUGUGGAGACUCAUGCACAGGAACAAAAAUUCAGGUUCAGAACAUACUUAUUCUAAUCAAGCUUUUUCAGAUGAAACCUUGAGCAGAGAGUGCUCUGCAAGCAAACCAACAAAUACGCAGCAUAAUUUGUUCAUUUGUGAUGAGAAUUCGUCAAGAAACACAGGCAUUUUUCCUACAGAAACUUCUACUUUGCGUGAAAAUGUCAUUGGUAGCAGUGUACAUGCACCAAACAUGGAACAAGAGUACCAGAAACAAAGCAAUGAUGGGAUCAAUGUGAAGAAAAAACCAGUGUUUUCCGACAUCAAAACUAGUAUCAGCAAUGAUGAAAAUAUAAAUGUUGAUAAUAAUGGACUAUUUUCUGUAGGGAUAGAUUACAAGAACAGCAAUGAAGUAACGCCACGAAAAUUAAUGUGUAACGACAUUUCGUUAUGGAAAGAUUCAAAAUAUGCAAAUAAUGAAGAUUCAGAAAAGAGCAGAUUCCCUCCCACGCCCAGGAGACUGAUGCUGACUCUUACUCCAAUCACACUGACUUUUCAGAUCUUGAUUUAUCCUUCACAGGAGAAACUGGCUUCCCAUUUUCCACAACACAAACACAUAGAGUUGCACAAGAUUCUAGGAACAGCAAGCUGCAAGAGAGAUACAAAUACUGAGAAUGGAAGUGUCUACCAAACAAUAGAAGACUCCCCUCUUACAGAGCACAGCUGUAAAAUGGAACCUACUAAUGAAAAAGAUGCUUCAGCAGAUAUAUUUGGCGAUAGUUCUUCAGAUGAAGGGACUCCAUUCACAGUGAGUGACUGUAGCUCUUUAGCAGACUUCGAACUGGAACAACCUCAUGUUUGUGACAAUGUGCCAGUCUGUCAGUCAUCACUAGAGGAGGCCAAUAUGAACAGUAGAACUGAGAAGUUCUCAAGACUGCCAGAGUCUCCAACCAUUGCUCCUGAACUUCAGCAUAUUGGGGAAAAUGAAGAUGAGAACAAUGCAUAUUUUGACACCACUAUUAAUUAUGAAUCAGAUACCAUCAUGCCUGAAACAGCAUCACCUUACGCUGAUAAAUGUAGUGACCACAUAAGCAUGUCAGAUUCAGACACAAUUAGUUCAAGUCAAAAUGUUCCUGAUAGGUUUGGUUCUUUUACUGAUGCAGAGUUAACAGUACAAAACUGUAUUUCCAAUUCUCGCCACAAUCAACAUACAGAUUUUGGUAAUACAUUACUUUCAUUAAAACAUUCUCCCACGUACGACAGGGAGAACAGUCCUGAAGAGGCUGAACUGCAGCUGCAUCAGUUUCCCAUUAAGCCACAGCAUUCCCUCAGCUUCAGUCCCGCUGAACAAAAAGAAAAUGCACCAGAGGGAAGUACAGACGAGCACACAGAUAGGAACUCCUCUGAAAAGAAUCAUGGUGAAGGUGACAUUACAUUAAGAAGAAACACAAGUACAUCAGAGAACAAUGACUUUAUUUUUGCUCCCGUUGAUACUGUUUUGAAUGAAAUUGUAAAAAAAAACAUUGCUACUGCAUUCCAGCAAUGA